AUGCAAGAGGACAAGGGCACUCCCGCUCCCGCUCCGGUCGCAUCCUCGAUCCGAGCGGGUCCGGCUCGGCCGCAGCUGGGUGCCAUGCGGAGCUCCUCCUACCUCCAGGAGCACCAGCAGUACCGCCCACCUGGAAAACCCGAGAUGCACUACGGCAUCGACACCGUCGUUGAAGAUCAUGGAGCCGCCCAUGGCCAGGCACAGUCGGUUCUGCCGUCGCGGCCCAAACCGGUCUCACCCGCUCCCGGUGCGACGACCUUCAAUGGUAUCCCCUCGGCUGAACACCCGCCCAAGGUUGUCGAGAGCGGCUUGAACCAUGACUUGUCUCAUCCAAACUGCGCUCCUCCGGCGGGCACCACCACCAGCAGGCUGGUCGCUACCUUGAUGUACAAGCCUUCCCGCUCGCACGCCCCGAGUGCAGUGCACUCGCCAAAGGUGCCUUCGCCCAACAUCUCCAAUAUUGCCGUCGAGGAGCACACCGACAUUCCCCCAAACCUGGCGCCGACUACCAACCCGGAUGCCUUCCCCCUUGAACCACCUACCGCCGAGGACCAAUCCCUCGACCGCCUCUAUGGUUCCUACGUCUCCCCGCUAUGUGUCGCGUCGUUCCUCCACCUCAUGUCCACGUUCCCCAUCCCCUCAGGCUCAACAGACCCGACCAGCGCCCAUCGCUGCAUGGACAGUGCUACUCACCCUUGUGUUGUCGAGUUGAUUCUGAACCCCGCGCCCUCCCCAAGCUACCUAGCUCUCAAAGAUCUGCGCAAGCAUGAACUCAUCUAUCGUUUCGAGCGGGAAUGGAGCGUCGACGUCGUUUUGCAGAUGGAGUCGCCAUUCCGUCGUCACAAGCGCCUCGUAGUCUUCGAUAUGGACAGCACCCUAAUCACACAGGAGGUUAUUGACCUGCUGGCAGCUACCAUCAAGGACCCUCCAGACCUGGCUCAGCGAGUGGCCGACAUUACCCAUCGCGCCAUGCUGGGCGAGCUCGAAUUCGACGCGGCCUUCCGCGAGCGUGUCGCCCUGCUCAAGGGACUACCAGCCUCCCUCUUCAACGACUUGCGCCCUGUUCUUGAUGUCACCCCUGGCGCGCGACAGCUCGUCAAGGCCCUCAAGCGCCUGGGUAUUCGCACUGCCGUACUCAGUGGCGGCUUCCAGCCACUUACUUCAUGGCUGGCUGGGGAAUUGGGCAUCGACCACGCGCACGCCAAUGAGGUGGUUGUGGAUGGUGAGGACAAGCUCACUGGUGAGGUCAAGGGCCUCAUUGUCGGCAAAGAGCGCAAGCGGGAUCUCUUGCUCGAGAUUGCGGCCAAGGAAGGCAUCGCGCCUAACCAAGUCGUGGCUGUUGGCGAUGGAGCCAACGACCUGCUCAUGAUGGAGGCAGCCGGCCUGGGAGUUGCGUGGAAUGCCAAGCCGCGGGUGCAGAUGGAGGCAGAUGCCAGACUUAACCGCGAGAGUCUCCUAGACCUGCUGUAUUUGUUUGGCUUCACAUAUGAUGAGAUUGCUAUGCUUACGUAG